UUCACAGGGAACGUGAGAAAAGAAGAACUCUAAAUAAAUUAUCUUUUUCAUUUGAGACAAAUAAUUGGUAUAUUUCCUUGAUGGUUCCUGCAUUUGUUUGGUCCAUCAUCAUCUAUUAGAUCUGUCACAACGACAACAACAACAUCUAUCGCUUUUCCUCUUCGGAUCAAACAAACACACAGAAAUGGGUGCGGCUGACAAUAUUCAUGUCGAAGAUGGAACCUUGGAGAUUGGAAUGGAAUAUAGAACUGUUUCUGGGGUUGCUGGACCAUUGGUUAUUCUUGAAAAAGUUAAGGGACCUAAGUAUCAAGAGAUUGUUAAUAUUCGGUUAGGAGAUGGAACUACGAGGCGUGGACAAGUUCUAGAAGUUGAUGGCGAAAAAGCUGUUGUUCAGGUUUUUGAAGGUACGUCUGGGAUUGACAAUAAAUUCACAACUGUGCAAUUUACUGGAGAGGUGUUAAAGACUCCUGUAUCACUGGACAUGCUUGGCCGCAUCUUUAAUGGUUCUGGAAAACCAAUUGAUAACGGUCCACCCAUAUUACCUGAGGCUUACUUGGACAUAUCAGGUAGUUCCAUCAACCCUAGUGAGAGAACCUACCCAGAAGAGAUGAUUCAGACAGGAAUUUCUACAAUUGAUGUCAUGAAUUCUAUUGCUAGAGGUCAAAAGAUCCCUCUAUUCUCAGCUGCUGGUCUCCCUCAUAAUGAAAUUGCUGCACAAAUAUGUCGUCAGGCGGGCUUAGUCAAGCGAUUAGAGAAAUCCGAUAAUCUUCUUGAGGGUGGAGAAGAGGACAAUUUCGCUAUUGUAUUUGCAGCCAUGGGAGUUAACAUGGAGACUGCACAGUUUUUCAAACGUGACUUUGAAGAGAAUGGCUCUAUGGAGAGAGUGACCCUUUUCCUUAAUCUGGCAAAUGAUCCUACAAUUGAGCGUAUCAUCACUCCUCGUAUUGCUCUUACUACUGCUGAAUAUUUGGCAUAUGAAUGCGGCAAACAUGUUCUUGUGAUACUCACAGAUAUGAGUUCUUAUGCUGAUGCUCUUCGUGAGGUAUCUGCAGCCCGAGAAGAGGUUCCAGGUAGACGUGGAUAUCCUGGUUACAUGUAUACAGAUCUUGCAACAAUAUAUGAACGUGCUGGAAGAAUCGAGGGACGAAAAGGCUCUAUUACACAAAUUCCAAUUCUAACCAUGCCUAACGACGAUAUUACACAUCCAACUCCUGAUCUUACUGGAUAUAUCACUGAGGGGCAGAUAUAUAUUGACCGACAGUUGCACAACAGACAGAUAUAUCCACCAAUCAAUGUCCUUCCAUCGCUGUCUCGAUUAAUGAAGAGUGCCAUCGGGGAGGGAAUGACACGAAGGGAUCACGCUGAUGUGUCCAACCAGCUCUAUGCAAAUUAUGCCAUCGGAAAGGAUGUCCAGGCAAUGAAAGCCGUGGUCGGAGAAGAAGCACUUUCGUCUGAGGACCUGCUGUAUCUGGAAUUUCUCGACAAGUUUGAGAGGAAGUUUGUUGCCCAAGGAGCAUACGAUACCCGCAACAUCUUCCAGUCUCUAGAUCUUGCAUGGACUUUGCUUCGGAUUUUCCCUCGCGAGCUUCUUCAUCGUAUACCGGCAAAGAAUCUCGAUCAGUACUACAACCGAGAUGCUGGCAACUGAUUUAUUUAUUCUCUUUCUCAUCCAACAGUCCUUAUUUCUUCUAUUCAGCACAUAUGUUACAUAUAAUAAAGGUUUGAGUGCCUCAUUUUGAUUUCCUCAUCUAGUCAGAGUGAAGACCCCCCAUAGAUAUUUUAUUUCCUGUGCCAAUUUUUUUCCUGGGUAGUGAGGAUAUUGAUUAGUAUUUUAUUUCCUAUUAAUAUUUUACCAGCGCAGUUAGGUUAGGAGCUUUUAUGAUUCGGAAAUACCUUGUAAUUUGAUUAUUGAGCAUAUUAUAAUCAGGGCAUUUAUUUAUUUAUUUA